AAGAAGAAGAAGCACCACAAAAAUUCGUGCAAUUGUUUUCGUAACCUACGUAAAUUAUUAGUAUCUUAGAUAGCGCUUUAGUUUAACAAUUACUAACACUUCUGCGAAAAUGGAUAUGCAAAAGUAUACUUUGCAAUCGAUACGCCAAGAUUUGAUUGAUAACAAUUUACAAGUCAAAGCAAUAAUUCAGGAUAUAUUAACAUAUCGUGGUAAUAUCCAUGAAUUGGAGGCACUAAAUGAAGCUGGACGUGCCAAAUUGGCCGCACUACGCAAAAGUAUUCAACAUCUCGACGAUUGGGCACGCGACACAGGCGAUGCUGAGCUGUCCAAAGAGGUGGACUCCCAUAGAGAUCAAUUUUCAAAGACUCUACAAGCCUUUCGCAAAGCCAAUAUUUCCACUCGCAUCGAAAUUGAAAAGGCUAAUCGUGAGGAGCUAAUGGCCAUAACAGGUGAAACUGAUUUGCGACAAAGGUCGUCUGCCGCAGUAUCAAGUCACAAUCGCGGUAGUUUAGUGUCACAAGAGAACAAUGUGACUGAGAAGAUGUUAGCCAUAUCACGGCACUUGUCGGAAACAACACAAAAGAGUGCUGUUACACUGGAAACUUUGGUGGCGUCAUCGCAAAACGUAGAAUCUACGCGUGAUGAACUACACAACACGGCCGGUUCGAUUUCGCAGUCAGGGAAGUUACUGAAAAAGUAUGGACGACGGGAGUGUACAGAUAAAAUGUUGCUCUUCUUUGCAUUUGCGUUUUUCCUGGCUUGUGUGUUUUACAUUGUUCAAAAACGACUGUUCUAGAUGACGUCAUGCUCUAAUAACCUUUGUGGAAGGCAGGAGAUGGUUCGGACGGGUGUAUGUAAAGUGUUUGUUUAGGGAAUUUCCAUUUAAGGCAAUGUACAGCAAAAUAUAGGUUCGUAGUUUAAUGGGGAGAAGCUUUUCUAAAUGGGUGAGAAUUUAAGCCAAACCGUAGUGUUAUUUAAUAUAUAUAUAUGUAUGCGUAUAUAAUUUAUUUUUUAUAUUUUAUGAAAUUACUUAGCAAAUUUUCCAUGCUAUUGUUCGCAUUUAAGCUUGAUUUAGGUAAUUCAAAUAGUUAUAAUAGUAAUAAAAAUAUAACUUACGGGUGGU